GCUGCAGUGGUAGCAUUGCCAGCCACGAAUGACAUCUCACCGCGAGCCUCGAUUUCGAAAGUCAAUGGACUGAAGUUCAACGUCGACGGGGUCACGAAGUAUGUGGCCGGCACCAACAGCUACUGGAUCCCCUUCCUCACGAACGACACCGAUGUCAAUACGAUCAUGAGUCACCUAUCCACCUCGGGCCUCAAGGUCCUACGAGUUUGGGGCUUUAACGACGUGACAUCGAUCCCUAGCUCAGGCACUGUCUACUUCCAGUCCUUCUCUGGCUCCACUGCGACGAUCAACACGGGCGCCAACGGCCUUCAGCGUCUCGAUGCCGUUGUCAAAGCUGCUGAGAAGUACAACGUCAAGCUCAUCAUCAACUUCGUCAACAACUGGACAGAUUACGGAGGUAUGGCAGCGUACUUCUCUGCCUGCGGUGUGAGCAGUAACGCACAAUGGUACGCAUCGACUCGCUGCCAGACCAUGUAUCAGGCGUAUAUCAAAGCUGUAGUAUCGCGCUACCGAUCUUCGACUUCUGUGUUCGCGUGGGAGCUUGCUAAUGAGCCUCGCUGCAACGGAUGUCAGACCUCUGUCCUCACCAGCUGGAUCCGCCAAUCGUCAAACUACGUCCGCUCCCUCGACUCCGACCACAUGAUCGCCAUCGGUGAUGAGGGGUUCGGUCUUUCCGGCGACGGUUCCUAUCCAUACCAGUACUCCGAGGGUCUUGAUUUCGCCGCCAAUCUCGCGUUACCCAAUAUUUCGUUUGGCACAUUUCACUUGUACCCUUCGUCCUGGGGCACAAACAACACUUGGGGCAACGCCUGGAUCACAGCUCAUGCAAAAGUUUGCCAGUCACUCAAGAAACCAUGUUUGCUAGAGGAGUAUGGGGUGACGACAGCGAGUGAUCAUUGCCCUGUGGAGAGCGAGUGGCAGAAGACAAGUUUGGGACUGAAGGAUGCUGGGAUGGCUGGAGAUUUGUUUUGGCAGCUAGGUGAUACGAUUCCGAGUACGGGACAGUUGACGCACGAUGAUGGGAACACGAUCUAUUACAAGAGCUCAGAUUGGGUGUGUCUUGUCGAUAACCACAGGACAAGCAUUGGUUAGAAGCAGUGGGUUAUCUGUUUGGUUGUACAUAACUCCGUUCAUGUCAUUCCUCUUCUGCUUUGCAUACUGAGUUUCCAAAAGUUGCGACGUGGGGUAUGUGGCUUCGCGUUGCUGGUAU